GGAGUACAGGACAGUACAGGUACCAGGACUAAAGCCACACGACGGAGAGGCUCUAGGGGACUGACUUGCGCCCAGCAGCAGUGCGACAGGGCCGAACCUGGCUCGUCUGCGCGCGUGCAUCUGCAUCAAUCAAUUGGAUCAACGGAACCAUGGAUAUUGAUGCUGCAUGGCUGCAUGUUGCAUGUACUGCUACUCGUGCAUGUCGCCUGUUAUUGGCGGCCACGCCCCAAGUACUAGGUACCGAUACAGCAAGUGCACAACUUUGCGCCAAGGUGACGGUGGCAGGACUCCUUGUUGCUGUGCUCGCCAUCAGAUCUCACCACCUGUUGCUGCUUACCUACUUGUGCUGGAACAGGCUCGCGCUGAUGCUGAUGCUGCAAAUCGCUCAGUGGCUGCCGGUGGAGCGGGACACGGCAUGGGAGGGAGCUGAGGCAAGACGAGCCAAGAGAGGAGGAGAGAGGAGAGAGGAGGGCGUUGCAAAGCAUGACGAAGCCAGACCGGCUCUGAGCCACGUCCUUAGUAAGAUGGUGACUGUUAGCAAGACGCCAGCCCAGCCUUUUCAGCACCGUCACAGGGCGGUGCCGGGAUCGGAUUCCAGUGGCCAAAUCGUAUGUUGAUGGCUGCAUGGUUUCACUCAAUCAAUCAACUGUCAUUUGCAAUCAAGCGUCUUCGUCUUUCUACCACCAAAGCCUCAACUGUGUACUGUACUUGGCGCUUAUACUGCCACACUCGCCAAUGCCUGUCCACACUUCCUGCCAAGCCCAAAGGGGGGGGGGGGCUACCCUACAGAAAUUGAACAGGGUCCCCGU